AUGUUACGUCCAAACCAGCUGGAGGAUUUAAGCCUUGCUGAGUUUGCCGUCCGUUAUGAAACGGUUUCAAGCACAAUAUGGUCUGAGGAUGAUGGUGAUGCGGAGCUGAGAGAGGAAGAUAAUAUUACGACAGUAAGAUAUAUCAAGUUGCUGGACAAUACGAGGAUGCGUGUAAGAAAUAGGCCGGCAGUAUUACGUACUCGCUAUUAUACAAUUAAUAGUGAUAAAGAAGCAUAUUAUUAUAGCUUAAUAGUAUGUCAUAUACCAUUUCGCAACGAGAACGAGUUACUACUCGAAAAUGAAUCCGCUGAAGACUGUUUUGUAAGACGCCAAAGAGACCUUCGCCCUUUGCUAGGUAACAUAAGCGCAGAGCAAUUUGCUCAUGCCGAGCAAAUUAUUCAACAGGCACUCGCCCAAGUUACAGCGCUUAAUGCUGCACGUGAAACCCAUGUAAACAAUGCUCCAGUCUUAUGUGCUGGUGAGCAGAUUGUAAAUCGCGAUGAAACCUUCUGUGAAGACAUGGGAGAACGAGCUCUCAUGUCAGAUGAACUGUUCCUGAGCAGCAUCCGAGGAUUAAAUAUCCAACAGAGGAAUUUGUUUCAGAAAGUUUCAUUGGCAAUCGAAAAUGAUUUACAUGGUCAAGAGAGUCAACUGCUACUUUUUAUCACGGGUGGUGCAGGUAGUGGUAAAUCAUUUCUUUUAAAAUUAAUCGUGGAGCAUAUUAAGCGUUGUUAUGCACCAACAGUAGAUACACUGUUGAAACCCAACUUUGUGGAGCGUGAUGAUACAGAAUUUAUCGAAUUAUUGAAUAGUUUAAGGGUAGGCGAACUGACGACGGCUCAGUUGGAGUUAUUAUGUGAGCGGCGGCACGUGCCUUUAAAUGGUGAAUUUGCGAAUGGAGUUGCUGUUCGUAUUUUUCCUACGGUUAGGCAAGUGGACGAUUAUAAUGAUAAAAUGAGUACAGAAAAUGCAAAGUUGCACCGGACUUAUCAAAUCAACGCAGUAGAUGAGUCUCGUGAAGUGGCGACGUAUGGCAGGAAACCACCAGACAACGUAAUUCCCAAAGACGUCAAUAACUGUGGUGGUUUUCUAUGUUCAAUAAAAAUUGGCGUCGGAUCCCGAGUGAUGUUGAGACGCAAUAUAGCAGUCUCAGAAGGGCUAGUGAAUGGAGCUAUGGGUAUAAUAAAAAAAAUCAAAUGGCCAGCCUUAAGAAGAGACCAACUGGAGGAGGGGGAGCUACCGGAAGCCGUGUACAUCAAAUUUGAUGACGAUACAAUUGCUGUUAGGCUAAAAGAUAGAGACGGUUGCAUACCUAUACCUCCAUCAAGUACUACAUUUCAGGCAAAAAGGGGUUACGGAGAUGUAGAGCGUCGUAUGCUACCUCUAAUAUUGAGCUGGGCGGUAACAGUCCAUAAACUACAAGGGACCACCCUAGACAGAGCUGUGAUCGACCUUGGCAAAAAAAACUUUGCUAAAGGACAAAUGUAUGUUGCGCUAAGUCGUGUCAGAAGUUUGGAAGGCAUAGUUUUAUCAGAUUUGGACGCCAACAAAUUAUUGAAUCGACCACAUGAUGAUCGAGCGAUGACUGAGAUAACAAGAUUGCGGAAUCUGCCAUCUGACAAUCAAGGCAACACAUAA